ACGCAGCUGCCGUGCCCCACCAUCAUCAUGAGCUCCGUGACGCCGCCGCAGGCGACGACGCCGGCCUCGCAGUCCACGUCGCCCGCGCCCACCAGCACCGUCGCCUUCCAGCUGCCCGUGACGAGCGUGAGCGAGGGCCUGCGCGGCCCGCCCUCGCCCAGCCGACCCUCCACCCCGGGCAGCCGGCACGCCAGCCCCGCCACCACCCCGACCGCGCCGCUGUCGCCCGCGCCCUCCAACAUGCACCCGCAGCUCAGCUCGACACGGAGGGACUCCACCACGCAGGUGUACACCAACAAGUCGAGCCGGCGGGACAGCCGGGCGCACGCCUCCCCCGAGCGGCGCCACAGCCGCGACCAGCACUCGCCCGUGCGCUUCCCCCGGCUGCGCCGCCAGAGCACGGCCAUCGACGACUCGUGCCUGCCGCCGGGCGUCUGGGGCGAGGCGGGCGAGGGCCGGCAGGCGCGCCGCGACUCGCUGUCCCCGGACUCGGCCUCGUACCGCGGCGGCGGGCCCAACGCCCCGGCGCCCCAGGGCCGGCGGGACUCGCGCAGCCACCUGUCGCCCGACCGGGCCGGCGCCGGCUCCAGGGACGUGUCGCCGGGCCGGCGCGCGCGCCGCGACUCUCUCUCGCCCGACUCGGCCUCGUACCACCGGCGCAGGGACUCCAGGCGCGACUCGCGCGCUUCCAGACUCUCGCCCGACAGGGCGGGACCACCAGGCUCCCGGGACGUGUCGCCGCCGAGUAAGAAGUUGGUCCGGCCUCGGUCCUGGAAUGCACCCGUAGCGCAAGAUGCACUGAAUGCCAUGGUGGGCCGAGGGCGACGCGGGCGACUUCGCCGUCAGUCCACUUCCGUGGCCGGGCCUCGCGCCCCGAGGUCGCCGGAGAGCUCGUCCACCUGCUCCUCCAGGGACCCGUCGCCGAGCGGCGGCCGACACCAGCUGACGCGCCGCAGCUCCGCCCAGAUGUCCGGCCCGUCGCCCCCGCACGCCCCCGCCAUCCGGCGACAGUCCACCACGGAGGAAAUCCUAAUCGCCCGCGGCUUUCGGCGUCAGUCGACGACCGAGGAGAUGAUAAGAUGUCGGAACUUCAGGUAUGGCAGGUACGCUAUAUCAACGACUCCCUCCCCUACUACGGUCCCCGAGGAAGGCCUCGACAUGCUCGGGUCCGACAUGGAGCUGCAGAUACCAGGGUCACCCUACCGGCGCCAGAGCUCGCAGUCGGACGACACGGGGCGCUACCGCGGCCGCCGGGACUCGUGCGCGCAGAUCACGGACGGCACCCUCGCCACGAUGACCGUCGAGACGGGCUCCACUUUCUUCGACUCGAGUACGCAGACGGAUCCGUCCCCCCUCUACGACAACAACCACUACCACGAGGAGUGCCUGCGCUGCAACUCGUGCGGCCUGAACCUGACGGGGCCGAACCAGAAGCGCGCGCGCCGCUUCAAGAACCACAUCCUGUGCGACCUGCAUUUCGCCGACGUGGCCCUCAUGGAGUGUUCGGACUUCAUGCAACAGCUGCGCAGUUUCAAGCCCCAGUCCCUGGGCUGUGCAGUGGCCCGCCGCAAGUCGUCCACCACGCUCAUCUUCCCGCUGCCCCCGCAGGCUUGCUCUGACGAGAUUUGCUCCGAGUACCCGCACAACCUGCUGCCGACGCCGGGUUACUGGAUCGAGUGCUCGCGACAGAAGAUCCCCAACGACACCAUCUGGGACGAGUCCGAGUCGGAGCGAGAGGAGCGCGAGGAGCGGGAGGAGCGCGACCGGGGCCCGUCGGCCGGUCAGUCCAGCAUCCUUUAUACGCUGCUCUUGGAGGACGACGACGACGCGGACGACGAGGAUGGCAGGCGGUCCUCGUGCCUGGUGGAGGAGGACGGCGAGGACGACGACUCGUACACGGAGCCGCCGCCGCGGCAAAAGACGUCCAUCGAGGAGCAGUGGGAGAAGAACCAGUGCUUCGAGCUCACCUCCGUGGAGCAGGAGACGUACGAGAAGUACUUCUACGGCACCGAGCACUGGAACUACUUCACGAGCGACGAGGACCUGGGGCCCGUCGUGCUCUCCAUCAAACAGGAGCAGAUCAAUGGCAGGGACCAAUUCCGCAUCCUAGUGCGCGCCAUCAGCUACACGGUGCACGGCCUCAUCCCGGCGUCGUGCGUGUUCGCCGACCGCUAUAACCGCGAGGAGGUGGUGCGCUCGCUCGGCAAGGAGGUCAACAUCAACCCGCCGCUCAUGCUGGGCCAGCUGCCGGACACUCCGGAAGAGCUGCUCAAACUGGACCAGGUUUUCAUCAAGUCGGAACUGAAGGUGGGCGUGCUGUUCGUGAAGGAGUCGCAGCAUACGGAGGAGGAGAUCUUGGACAACAACGUCAACUCUCCGCUCUUUUCCGAGUUCCUCCAAGUCUUGGGGGAUCGUGUCCGCCUCAAAGGCUUCGACAAGUACAAGGGCGGCCUGGACACGGUGCAUGACCUCACGGGGCUGUAUUCGGUGUACACCAACUGGCGCAGCAUCGAGAUCAUGUUCCACGUGUCGACGCAGUUGCCGUACGAGAAGAACGACCCACAGAAGCUCCAGCGCAAGCGACACAUCGGCAACGACAUCGUGUGCGUCGUGUUCCUGGAGGCCGACAACACGCCCUUCUCGCCCGCCUGCAUCAAGUCGCACUUCCUGCACACGUUCAUCCUGGUGCGCACCUCGCCCAAGAUCAAGCGCAAGCCGACGCGCUACGAGGUGUCGGUCGUGACGCGGGACGAGGUCGGCGCCUACAAGCCGUACCUGUGGGAGCAGAGCGUGUUCGACAAGGGUCCCAUGUUCCGCGAGUGGCUGCUCACCAAGAUCGUCAACGGCGAGCGCGCCUCGUACUCGGCGCCCAAGUUUGCGCGCAUGCAGGAGCGCACUCGGUCCCAGAUGCUUGAGGAUCUGGUGGCCAACCUGGCGAACCACGCCGAGACGGGGCAGAUCCCGAAGCCGUACCGCCGCGGCUCUUGGCGGCCCAUCGGCCACAUGCGGCCGUCCAGCCCCCUGCUGGACAGCGUCCGCGACCGCUUCGAGGACUACGACGUCCUGGCCAAGGACUUCAACCGCUGCUUCCUCAAUACGGAGGCCAACAUGGCCGUCAACGCCAGCCUGUUCGACGUGACGUUCCUCGUCGGCCAGAGCAAGCAGAAGGUCAAGUUCGUCGGGGUGCGCGCCAUCCUCGGGGUGCGCUCGCGCGUCUUCCAGGAGCUGCUGUACGGCAUCCAGACGGGUUUCGGCUCGCCGCAGGUGCCCGUCGCCGAGCUGCUGGCGCGGCCCGUGCCGCCGCUGCACUCGCCGCAGAAGCCCAAGAGCAGCAACUUCCUCCAGGUGCCCGACAUGGAGACGCCCAGGCCCAAGAGCGUCCCGAGCAGUCCCAUGGUGAAGCGCGCCUUCUCCAGGCUGGGCAACCUGACGGCGGGCUGGGGCCGCUCCAUCCGCAAGCAGCAGAGCCAGCUCCAGGUCGAGGACAAGAAAAAGUGGGCGUCGUCGCAAGACUGCUCCAACAAAGAGAGUAAGGACCGGGACAAGCACCAGCAGCACCACCAGCAGUCGCAGUCGCUGGCCGUGCCGCGGCUCAGCGUGAGCGCCGACGAGAAGAUUGACCGGGCGAAGCUGGCGCAGACGGAGUUCAACAUCAUCGAGUUCGACCCAGAGACGUUUCGGCUGCUCCUCGACUACCUCCACACCAGCACGUGCCCGCUGACGUGCGCCAACAUACCGGGCCUCAUCUGCGCCGCCGAGCACUACGACCUGCCCGAGCUGCUGCAGGCGUGCUUCCACCACGCCAAGCAGUUCCUCAGGAUAGAGGUGGUGUGCGUCAUGCUCUGCUCCCUGGAGAACUACUACUGGAGGUACACGUCCGCCUCGGAGCUGGUCAACAUGAUCCUGGCGUUCGUCGAGACGCGCGCCCACCAGCUCUUCCAGACGCCCGACUUCCUCACGCUGUCCGAGUCCAUGGUGCAGAUGAUCAUGUGCCGGUCGCUCGAGGUGCCCGAGGUGCGCAAGUUCGAGGCCAUGCUGGGCUGGGCCCGGCACCGCAUCCGCAGCAAGACGUCGAGCAAGAUGGACGCCAAGCUCGAGUUCAAGAUGAUCAUGGAGCGCCUGGCGCGCGACCUCAAGCUGUACCGCAUCUCGCCGCAGGAGCUCAUCAAGAUCGUGCUGCCCAGCAAGGCCAUCAAGAACGAGCGCAUCCUGGAGACGCUCAUGUUCCAGGCAAACUCGGGCAUGUACCGCAUCCAGGACAGCUACCUCGAGGCGUGCCAGCGACGCCUGCAGAAGCAGGACUCGCGCUUCAGCGAGUGGGAGUCGUUCGACGUCGGCCUCUAGGAUGGUGGAGCCGUCGCGUCGGCCGGCCGCGACGCGCGGGGCUUGGCCCUCGCGAGGAGGAGAUGAGAGCGGCCCGCCAUCGGGUCCGGCCCGUUUUCCUCCAGCCAGUGAACUCUCCCUCCCCCGUCUUGGGUCACCGCCCACUCCAGCCCAGCCCCUCCAGCCCCUGCUGGCCCUGCGAGUGACUCUCACGCAAAUCUCCGAGAUAAACCCGUUGUGUGGGCUGCAAUCCAAACAGACGGCGAGGACUCUCCCCUUUUUUUGUACCUUGAAACAAAAAACUAUUUGUUGAGCAUGCGUCCAGCAUGCCCCAGCCUCGCUUACUAACACUAAAGUCGCGAAUCUUCCCGAAACGGCAGUGUUCGGUAGCGCCGUUAAAACCUGAAAAGUACGAUAUGUGUGCAGAGUGCUGGUAUGUGUAUGUGUGUGGUUCUAAAGACAGUCUUACAGUUAGUUUGACAGCCUUAUCCUUCAUCGCCGACAUCACAUGAACUUCGACGUCAUGAGUUGUUGUACUCCCCUGCUGUAACGUCGAAGGCUGAUUGUUAGCUCUAAGUCAGCUUUGUGUUGUUUGGUUUUAAUGGUUUCACUUAACUCUCUCACCUACCCAUGAGGUAUUGAAAUAUUAUGUCUCUGUACCGGUGUGUACUCAUUUUUGUAGGUACAAGCCCCUGCAUAUAUUUAUCCCCGAUAAUAUUCUCUGUCGAUACUGUGUGGCGUCUUUGGUUGUGUGUGUGCUUUGCUGGAACCAUUGUCGAUCCGACGUCGCACCGACAAGAAUUAUGUCGAUUCGACGUCGAAUAGACGAGGUUGUAGCCGGCGAGUAAUUAGCUUUUGUAAGUGCCAAACAGCCCAGUAAAGAGAAUAACCUCAUUGGUAAGCACACUCAUAGAGCACUCAUUCCUGACAUUGUAGUGGUCUAAAAAAAUAAAGGCAUCAAAUUUAUUUGAGGCCAGAACCAAACAAACAACCUAUCGAUGACGCUUAUGUUUUAAUUGUAAAGUCUAAUAUAUUUCGAUUAUAUCUCUGGGACUGGUAACUUUUCCUUAAAAUCUUUAUAGACGAAAAUGUAAAGAAAACUUCAACAAAGACUGCACCUUGUCAAAGUAAAUUACGUAAAAUAUGCUAUACAUAAGAGACUUUCCAGUCAUCAGCAAGUAAUGUAUGUUUGUUAUUUUCAGAGAAGAUAAAUUUAAUAUAAUUUACCAUGGUUAGUGAGAAUUUGGGCCACAGUUCACUUGUGAAAAUUGGUUUAGAAACCAGUUCAUGAAACAUAUUUUUCAGUGGAGGAUUCUAAAGCUACCUAUAGCAUGUGCAAGAUAUACUUGAUACAAUUAGUAUCUCUUAUUAUUUUGGACAGAAAAUAUUAUUCCAAGAGAAAAAUAUAUAUUAAUUUUCAUAUAAAUGUUAUUUUGAGAGCAAAGAUGUUGGCUGAUUGUGUAUAAAGAUGGAAACCUCAUACUUAAAUAUGUAGAUUGACUUCCGCAAGAAAGCAGGCAUUUGUUCCAUCAGAAAUGUAGAAUGAGUGUUAUGUCUGAUAUUUUUCAACUAAAAAAUUCUUUUCUUUUCUUUCCAGUUUGUAUUACAAAUUAAUUGUUUCUCCCAAUCACAUUAUUUUUUAUUUUGUUGUGCCAUGAAAAGAAGCUCGUUAGUCUUAAAUUUGUCAACAAUUCUGUAAAAACUAAUCAUAGGGAAUUAAGAUUUGCUUCUUACCUUUGGGACUCAUAAAAAUCUUAUUUAUGCAUUCAACUGAGGUUACCGCCAAGCAAAUGUGUUCUCCUGCCCAACCUUCUAGUGAUCAAGAGCCCGAAACUUUUGAUUGAUAUGGCUUAGUUAUUUUAGUUUUCUCACAAGUGGUAACUGGUAUUGUAUAUUUGUAAGGUUUGUGGCCUUUGAUCUGAUUUGGUGCCAUGCUUUUGGCACCCAAACAAGGCCACCCACCUGUUUCUGGUGUGGCAGCCCUCCAUAUUGAACUGUUAUGUGUGCAUUGGUGUAUCUUCUUAUAUCCUCUCUUCUCAUCUACCAUGUACAAGGAAAAUUACAUAUGAUAUAUCUGUGUGUUAUGACUUUUGUAGACUCUUUUCCAGCAAAGUCUUCCCUUUCCUCAGAACACUCUGAGUUGUACGUUCUCUGUUUUUGUCCAUUAAUUAUGUGUCUGUAAAUGUUCAAAUGUUUGUAUUGUGUUGGAUAUAUAUAACCAUAUUCAAGAGAAUUAUUGUCUAAUCUUGCAUGUCGCUAUGUGUGUGACCUGAAUCUAUGCAAUGUGUUUUCUGUACCUAAGAGUUUAUGUGCCUGUUAUUGCUUUGUUGUCUUGAUUUGUUCUUCAUGCAUCUGCCCUUGUAUAAACGGCAUCUUCCAAAAACAAAUACUUUUGCUGAACAAUCUGUUACGAGAGGUAAACAUCAACAAUUUCUACACUUCUUAGUGUGCUAUUGCAAUCUCUUGCUUUAUAUGGGAAGAUCCGUUUACUGGGAUUAUUUUUCUAUGCCAUUUACUAUGUCUGUAAUAACUGCAUGGUGCAGUGCUAGUAUUGCUGAAUACCUGUAUCUAUGUACUUGAUGCCCAAAAAAAUGUGCUAAUGUGCGCCCAAAACAGGUUGUUUAUCCAUGACAAAUGAAAUUAUUUAUCUUCAUGUUAAGUGCAAUCAUCUGUCAAUGAUCUGAUGACCAUCACAAAUACAUUAAGCUUGUCAUCUUCAGUUAAAUUUACCUAGAAAUAGUUGAAUGAGAUCAUAUAACAGCAUAAUGGGUCUUUUGAUAAAGCACAGUAAGCACAUCCGUCUGCUUUCUUCUUCCCAAAUCUGAAGAAGCUAUGGCUGUUGUCACAUUAUAUUCGGCAGUGUUGUAUUCAGCAAUGUUAAUGAGAUUAAGAUGUUCAAGUUGUGAUUGUAAAGGCAGCUUUGCUUUUACUGUAUUAACUGGAUUUAUUUUCAAAGAAAUUUGAUCUCCGCAGAACUGUAUCUGUCAAGUUAGAGUGAAUACAAAGAGUCAGCUGUUCAAUUGACUCUGAUUAUUUAUUAGUUUUAACUGUGAUGAUUGUCCCUGUAGAAUGUGUAAUCUAUUCCCCUAUCAUGGAAAAGAAACUAUAUAAACAUUCAUGUGAAAACUCUUUUCUAGUAAUAAGACGGCAAGUCUGGUAAUAAUAUCGUUCCUUGUGAGGGAAAACGAACCAGCCAAGAAGUUUGUCACUUUAUACAUGCCAACUUUUCUACAGCCUGAAAUGAUAAAUUUAUAUAUUAACAUAUAUCUAUGUAUAGAAAGUCUAUGGCAGAGCAUUCCUGGGGGAUGUUAUCCACCCUCACACAUCCCCCCCCUCCAUUUCAGUCAUAUCAAGAGGAUACAAAACUUGGUAUAUUAUCAUGAUUCUUCUGUAUUCUAUGCUGUGUUCUGAGAGGUGUUUGUGUUUGAUAUUAACUCAGUACUAAUAAUGUUAUAAAACAAGCGCGUCACCAGGAAUGCUCUGAUUUGAUGUCAAGAUGUCAAAAGAAUGAAAAUAAAGUUUAUUUAGAUAAAUAA